ACCCCUUCAUGAUCCCCUUGUGGUCUACGCCGUAUGCCCUGAUCACCGGUAACACGGUUGUUCUGAAACCGUCCGAGAAAGCUCCGUCGGUGUCAUGGCUCCUGGCGGAAGCGGCUAUCAAGGCCGGAUUCCCACCGGGGGUUUUCAACGUUAUCCAUGGAACUGCGGCCGUAGCCCAGCUGCUUGUAACGCAGCCUGAGGUCAAGGCGAUUAAUUUCGUAGGGUCCGAGUCUGCCGCAAAGCAAGUGCACGACCUUGCGCAGAGCUCCGGGAAACGGAUCCAGGCAGAAUGCGGCGGCAAGAACCAUGGUGUCAUUCUAGAGGAUGCUGGUAUGAUGCCAACGCUUUUUGCGAUCGCAGGCAGUGCAUUUGGUGCCGCAGGCCAGCGAUGCAUGGGCCUGAACGUUGCCGUUUUCGUGGGCACCACGCGCGAAUGGAUACCGAAACUAAUCGAAUUGGCAGAGUCCAUGGUUCUAGGCUGUGGCGGUGAUGAGGAAGCCCAGAUUGGACCGCUCAUUGACCGGGCGGCUAAGGACAAGGUCGUCGGCAUUAUUGGACGCGCUGUCGAGGAGGGCGCCAUGCUUCUGCUGGAUGGCCGCGAUGCACACGUCCCGGACUAUCCCCGUGCAAACUUUCUGGGCCCGACUGUUCUGAUGGGAAUCGAAACUUAUAUGGAGUGCUAUCAGAUGCAGAUCUUUGGGCCGGUGCUCAUCUGCAUGCAGGUUGGGAAUCUGGACGAGGCCAUCCAGCUGAUCAAUGACAAUAAAUAUGGCCAUAGCUGUACGAUUUUCACCUCUAGUGGUAAAAACGCCCACGCUUUCCAACGCCGCGUCAAUAUAGGACAGGUUGGAGUAAACAUCCCGUUGGUUGGUGAGUAUGAUAAUCACGGCCCUCAAGGCCAUGGGCUCAUUUUCCUAGCACCGUACGGCACUGCUGUCCGAACGAGCAACAAGGCCUCUUUCCUCGGAGGUGAGCAAGCGUUCAAUCAUAGACACGUUCCAGGCUAAGACUGCCCUUUGGCAAGACCGAC